AUGACGCCACCAGAUCCUCUGACCGCAGGUCACGACGACGGCGAGACUGCAUCGACACACGAUGUCUGGGCCAACCUCGCAAGCUCAUCAUCGACCCAAGAAGAGCCGACCCAUCCUCGCUUCGAUGACGCUAAUGGAGGAGCAAGCGCAAGCAUGCAUGCUCCCGCUUCUGCCAAGUCCAGCUACACCGCCCCACCAUCAAACGACGCCUCUGGCUUCCCGUCUACAGGCUUGACGGCUCGAGUGACCCGCGACAGCUCUUCCUUUGGCUCGAAGGUGUCUGCCAACGGCAGCGACUCCCGCAGAUUCAAGUUCACGCCUUAUGAAGCCGAAAAUCUCUGGGGCUCUUCAUCCUCCUCCUCUUCUUCGAAGCCAUCCAAGGCCUCGCAGAGUGCCCUAUCUCCGAACGCUUCCGUCUUUAAGCCAUCACGAUACGUGCCAGAGCAGUCUCAGCCUGCUGCCAGCACCCACGACUUCCAGGAUCCGCUUUCGAGCGCAUACAGCUCCGAGACCUCUUCGCUUCAGGCUGUCGAUGACGCACAGCAGCAACAUCGCGAAAGCUUGGCAAACGGCGAUGCGCAUCAAGGCGACGAGACUGUUCGGCAACAACAUGCCACUGAUGAUGCAGCCGUCCAGCCACAGACCGAUGCAGCGACGUCAUCAAACGCGGCCGAAAGCGAUGACGAGGACGAUUUUGUGUAUAAAGCAACCACCAACUCCGGCAAUGACCCUCCGGUGGCGCAUGAUGAGCCCGAAGCUUCCUCCGCCUCUGGAAAGACCGGCUCGCGGGGACAGGCGCUCACGGAGGAUCAGCCGCCCGCCACAAACCUUGCCGUUCCUGAGCAAGGCGAAGGCCCCGAUGUUGAAACCAGAGGUCAACAACCCGCAACCUCUCGUUCAGUGAUCGAGCAAGUGGCAAAGAUAGACUACGACACUCUGGCUGAGCUUUGCAGCCGUGGCACCGUCGCCGAAUUGCAAUCCUUCUUCGAAGCAGCGUGUUCCAGCUCGUCCCGAGGAGCCGGAGUGUCGAUGUUCGCUCUUUCCAAUGAUCCAAAUCCGAGCAACGGCCUUGUGCCACUCCAUUUCGCUGCCAAGGAGGGCCAGACCGAUAUCGUGCGCUGGCUCAUCACUGAAGCCGGCGCCAUCGUCGAGAUGGAAGAUCGCGAAGGCGAAACACCCCUGCACAAAGCCGCGAUGGCAGGAAAGCUCUCCGUCACCUCCGUCCUCCUGUCCCACGGCGCCGAUGCCAACGCAAAAGACACCGACGGCUGGACUGCACUGCACAACGCCUGCAGUCGUGGCUACCUCGAUCUCGUUCGUCUCCUCAUCGAUCGCGGCAGCGCUCACGUCGACAUCCAGGGUGGCAGAGGCGCAUGGACACCCCUCAUGAACGCCGCUUCCAAGGGCCAUUUGCCCGUCGUGCGCCACCUCACGGCCAAGUAUCAUGCCGAUCCGUUCGUGCGCAACGCCGCGGGAGAAACGGCCUUUGACGUUGCAGCCGCCACGUUUGAAGUCUACAUCUGCGAAAUUCUUGAGCGGUACGAAGCGGAACGAUGGAAUGCAUCCAAAUCCACCCCUGCCAGUCCCUCUCGCCCUGGCCGGAUCAUGCCAGGCCGCGGUCCUUACGAACCGCUCGCCUUGCAUACAACCGUCCCCGUCGUCUUGCACGAAAACCAGCGCCUCGACACCCGUCUCCAGACACUGGCCAUGAAUGGUGGCAAGCCACGCUGGAGCUCCUCGAGCGCAGCCCGCGCCCACAAGCCCGACAAACGCUCUCCCAGCUCCAUGCCACCAGGACCUCUAGCGCCUAGUCGCACGCGCCAUGCACCCAUGCGACAAGAUGACGUAGGCCUUCCAACGCGCUCGCUCCCGUACAAACUUCGCCUGCGGACUCGCGUAGGCCCUGCUGCCCGGAGACGAGCCGCGGCCCUCGCAGCGCAGAACAGCCACGAGGACGAUAUGGCCAGCACGCCUACGCCCGAGUCCGUCCUGCAGGCUCAGCGCGGUAGCCAAGCUGCCGACGGCGUUUCCUCCCAAAACACUGAAGAGGAGACUUCUCACUUUUGGUUGUGCGAAUGGCAGUUGGACACCACCCAUCCGCUAGUAGAUGUCGAGCAUGGCUGGCAGUAUGCCCAAUCAUUUGAUGCGCUCGACGACAAGUGGUCUUCCCAGCCACCGCCUCCGCUCGAACGAUUGCUGGAAGGACGCGGUCUCAGUGCUUCCGUGACGCGAGCUCUCACCGGCGGAGCAGGUCUAGCAAAUGCACAGGCUGAUCAAGAAGCCUCCUCGAGCGGAUGGGUUCGCCGCAGACGAUGGAUACGCGUCCUACGACGUCGCCUCGACAUCGAGUUCGGCGACGACCUGGAAGCAUGCGAAGGUGUCGGUUCUGCUGCUUUAGAUCACGCGGAUUCCAGCAACGAAUCUGAUGCGCACGGAGGAAGUAGCCACGGCCUGUCGACUGCUGCGAUCAUGGCUGCCCAAGAAGCUGCCAAGGCCGAGUGCUCCCAGCUCGGCCCGGAUGCGGACUACGUUAGUCGAGCAAAAGCCCUUGCUGGAUCCAGUGCAGCCUCUGGCGCCACACCCGCCGACGCAAUCGGCGAUGAUCGCGACGAGCUUGCGAGGCGGAUCGCUCGUCUCGUCAUGGCCAUCACAGAGCUUCGAGCAGCCUUUGAAGAUGAUGACGUCGAGCGCAGAAGCCGCGCUGAAGAGCUGCGUAGGGAGUACACCCUGCAGCUGGGUCAAUUGCGAGAGGCUACCGGUCUCGAUGAAGAUGAAGACGAAGAUGCGGCUGAUGAUGACGAUGAUGAAUUUAUCUACCCAAACUCUUACAAGGACGACGGCGCCUCUGUCUUCACUCGCUUGGUCAAUGCAGAAACCUCUGGCACCCUCUCGCGGCCGCCCAUCUCGCAGCGCCAGAGCAGUGCUGCCUCGCUGCUGCGAAACAGCGUCGCGGCAUCCGAGGCCGGAACGUCCCUGGCUGCUGCACGCAGCGCCGAUCUCGCAGCGAACCGAGAGUUCCGCGUGCCCACCAAUGAAGCGCCAAACAAGGUGACGCUGCGACGCGGACCAGCAAUGCGCGAGCAAAACCUGCAGCCUCAAUGGCAGCGCGACGAGGAGGCAAGGGACUGUCUAGGCUGCGGACGCCACUUUACCUUUUUCCUGCGCAAGCACCACUGUCGACGAUGCGGCCGUAUUUUCUGCGAUGCCUGUUCGUCCAGGCGUGCGCAGUUGAGCAUGGCGGAGAUCGUCGUCGAUCCAAGUCUGCCAGGCAUGGCAGCCUCGGAGGUGCUCGCCCCGACACGAGUCUGCAACGGCUGCCACGCCGAGCUGCAGUUGCCUCCACAACUGCAAAACAUGCGGGUGGCCGAAGCGAUGAUGGCUGGUACGCGAACGCGUGCUGUAGGCGAGCCUUCUGGCCGCUCCGCCGUAGAGACGCAAUUGGACGAAGGCGCGCUCCGAUCGACGCUGGCACCCCCGAGCGACGUCUCGAGCCGGGCCAGCGAGCUGACUGAGUGUCCCGUCUGCUCCACCUCGCUGUCUGCAUUGGGUGGCUCGGAAGAGCAAGAGGCCCACGUGCGCAACUGUCUCGAGAAUGGUGGAGGCGGAAGCAUGCAAGGCGGAAGGUAUCUGGUCUACAAGCUGCCCGAGAACUCCCCUAUCGUCGGAAAGGAGUGCUCCAUCUGCAUGGAGGAUUUUGUUGCCAAUGGCAGUAUUGCGCGUCUGCCGUGCUUGUGCUACUUCCAUCGUGGCUGCAUCGACUCUUGGUUCAAGAGAGGACGCUCGUGCCCUGUGCACGCUCGCGAAUGGUAG